GGUUCAUCACCUUCGAAUACUCCUGUGACAGGAGGCGCUUGCAAAACCCGCCCCCAGCCCCCGGCAACAAAUAAAUAGAAGGCUCCCAGCCCAGAAGCCAGGAGAAGUUUCUAGGCUCAGGUCCUGAGGUUUAUUAAACUCCUCCCGGCUGUGCUCAAGACUUCAGCGGGCUUUGGCUGGGAGCCCGUACGGUCUGGGAGGACGGUGGCUUGCUGAUAGCCCGGUGAGGUGGGACAGAGAGAGGUCCUCCGGGAUUCUGCUGGGCCUGCUUACGGGGUCACCUUUGUGAGCCAGGACCCCAGCUACAUUCUGGGCAGCGAAUGGUUGGGCUUGUGACUAACGGGAGAUCAGCAUUUUCUGAAGUGGAGGACUAAACCACCUCAAGCCACAUCAUCUUGCUGUGUGACCUUUGGGUAGGUGGCUCUGCCUCUCUGAGCCUCUGUUUCCCUUCUAAGCUCAGCAGACACCAUGGCUGAUGGGCAAUUGCCUUUCCCGUGCGCCUACCCAAGCCGCUUGCGCCGAGACCCAUUCCGGGACUCACCGCUCUCUUCCCGCCUGCUGGACGAUGGCUUUGGGAUGGACCCCUUCCCAGACGACUUGACGGCCCCUUGGCCUGACUGGGCUUUGCCUCGGCUCUCCUCUGCCUGGCCUGGAACCCUGAGAUCCGGCAUGGUACCCCGGGGGCCUACUUCCACAGCCAGGUUUGGGGUGCCUGCUGAGGGCAGGAGCCCCCCACCCUUCCCUGGGGAGCCCUGGAAAGUGUGUGUCAAUGUGCACAGCUUCAAGCCGGAAGAGCUGAUGGUAAAGACCAAGGAUGGAUACGUGGAAGUGUCAGGCAAGCAUGAAGAAAAGCAGCAGGAAGGUGGCAUUGUCUCCAAGAACUUCACCAAGAAAAUACAGCUUCCCGCAGAAGUGGAUCCAGUGACCGUGUUUGCCUCACUUUCCCCAGAGGGUCUACUCAUCAUCGAGGCUCCCCAAGUCCCUCCUUAUUCAACCUUUGGAGAGAGCAGCUUCAACAACGAGCUUCCUCAAGACAACCAGGAAGUCACCUGUUCCUAAGACUUCAGCCUUGGUCCUUCUUUGUUCCCGUCCCUAGUCGCAGGGAUUCUCUGAUUUAAGGGUACACUACUUUAGCAGCACUCAGAUUUAAGGCAACUCGAUGCUGGGGGAUGGGAGGGAGGACAGAGUGAUCGCGGAGUCCCUGGAUAGUGUAGUAAUAGACUUCUCCACAGGGUGACGCAAUGGGCGAGUCUUGCUUGGUUGCAUUAGGUCAAAAGUAUUGGGAGAUUGUUCGGGGGGGUGAAGAUGCCGCACAGUCUAUAGUUGCAAAACAAGCGAACAGGGACUGAACGUGUUACAUUUUUACCUUGCAGCUGAUGCAACAGUUGCUUUUCUCUGGGGACCUUCCCAUCACCCAGAUCUCUGCUCUGCCACCCCCACCCCAAACCCAAUGUGUGGCUUGGUUGCCGGGGCUCACUGGCUCAUCCCAGUGUGUGUCUAUCCUCGUUGUGUAGGAGAGGUUACAGGCAUGUCUUGUAUCCCCAUAUGAGAUUUAUCCAUCGGCCACACAAAACAGUGCCUUUUUCCCCUUAUCCGGAUACACGCAGCAUGACACCACGGCUCUCAAACUAUCAUAACCAAGGACUCUGGGAGCCCCUCAGUUAAUUCUCUGGCUAAGGGCCCCCUUUAUUGUGUCCCCUGUGUCCAAGUCAGAUUUUUCCAGAGAGCUGUCUCCAGGCAGCUCUACCAGGAACCAAGCAAAGGCCAGACAGCCUGGCAUGCAGGCUAGUGGGGUCGUGUAUGUGGGGGGGAUGUGCGUGUCUUUUUGUGUGAAUUGUGCUGUUGUUUAAGGGGGGGAAAUAACAGUAAAUAAUAAUAAUGACAACAAUAAAGGAGCUGAUGUUCUUA